UGUCCAAUGGUUCUAUAGAUUCAACUGAUGAAACAAGUCAAAUAGUUGAACUACAAGAAUUGCUUGAAAAACAAAACUAUGAAAUGGCCCAAAUGAAAGAACGUUUAGCAGCCCUUUCUUCCCGAGUGGGAGAGGUGGAACAGGAAGCAGAGACAGCAAGAAAGGAUCUCAUUAAAACAGAAGAAAUGAACACUAAGUAUCAAAGGGACAUUAGGGAGGCCAUGGCACAGAAGGAAGAUAUGGAAGAAAGAAUCACGACCCUUGAGAAGCGUUACCUCAGUGCUCAGAGAGAAUCUACCUCCAUACAUGACAUGAAUGACAAACUAGAAAAUGAGUUAGCAAAUAAAGAGGCCAUCCUACGGCAGAUGGAAGAGAAGAAUAGACAGUUACAAGAGCGUCUUGAGCUAGCUGAGCAAAAGUUGCAGCAAACUAUGAGAAAAGCUGAGACCUUACCUGAAGUAGAGGCUGAACUGGCUCAGAGAAUUGCAGCCCUGACAAAGUCUGAUCCAACCUCUUCUACCUCAUCUGAUGAUUAUCAAUAUGUUAUGGAAGCUAAACUACAAGAAAUGAUCUCCAUACGUAGGAAGGCUGAAGAAAGACAUGGAAACAUUGAAGAACGUAUGAGGCAUCUAGAAGGUCAACUUGAAGAGAAAAAUCAAGAACUUCAAAGAGCUAGGCAAAGAGAGAAAAUGAAUGAGGAGCACAACAAAAGAUUAUCCGAUACUGUGGAUAGACUUCUGACUGAAUCCAAUGAACGCUUACAGCUACACUUAAAGGAACGAAUGGCUGCUCUAGAAGAGAAGAACGUUUUAAUUCAAGAAUCAGAAACUUUCAGAAAGAAUCUGGAAGAAUCUUUACAUGACAAGGAAAGAUUAGCAGAAGAAAUUGAAAAGCUGCGAUCUGAACUUGACCAGUUGAAAAUGAGAACUGGCUCUUUAAUUGAACCCACAAUAUCAAGAACUCAUCUAGACACCUCAGCUGAGCUGCGGUAUUCUGUUGGAUCCCUAGUGGACAGCCAGUCUGAUUACAGAACAACUAAAGUAAUAAGAAGACCAAGGAGAGGCCGCAUGGGUGUGAGGAGAGAUGAGCCAAAGGUGAAAUCUCUUGGGGAUCAUGAAUGGAAUAGAACUCAACAGAUUGGAGUGCUAAGCAGCCACCCUUUUGAAAGUGACACAGAAAUGUCUGACAUUGAUGAUGAUGAUAGAGAAACGAUUUUUAGCUCAAUGGAUCUUCUCUCUCCAAGUGGUCAUUCUGAUGCCCAGACCCUAGCCAUGAUGCUUCAGGAACAAUUGGAUGCUAUCAACAAAGAAAUCAGACUAAUUCAGGAAGAAAAAGAAUCUACAGAGUUACGUGCUGAAGAAAUUGAGAAUAGAGUGGCUAGUGUGAGUCUGGAAGGCCUGAAUUUAGCAAGGGUCCACCCAGGUACCUCCAUCACUGCCUCGGUUACAGCUUCUUCGCUGGCCAGUUCAUCUCCCCCCAGUGGACACUCAACACCAAAGCUCACCCCUCGAAGUCCUGCCAGGGAAAUGGAUCGGAUGGGAGUCAUGACACUGCCAAGUGAUCUAAGGAAACAUCGGAGAAAGAUUGCAGUGGUAGAAGAAGAUGGUCGGGAGGAUAAAGCAACAAUUAAAUGUGAAACUUCUCCUCCCCCUACCCCUAGAGCCGUCAGGAUGACUCACACCCUCCCUUCUUCCUACCACAAUGAUGCCCGAAGUAGUUUAACUGCCUCCCUCGAGGCUGAAAGCCUUGGGCUUGGCAGUGCCAACAGCAGCCAAGACUCUCUUCACAAAACCCCCAAGAAGAAAGGAAUCAAGUCUUCAAUAGGUCGUUUGUUUGGUAAAAAAGAAAAAGCUCGACUUGGGCAGCUCCGAGGCUUUAUGGAGACUGAAGCUGCAGCUCAGGAGUCCCUGGGGUUAGGCAAACUUGGAACUCAAGCUGAGAAGGAUAGAAGACUGAAGAAAAAGCAUGAACUUCUAGAAGAAGCUCGGAGAAAGGGAUUACCUUUUGCGCAGUGGGAUGGGCCCACUGUAGUCGCGUGGUUAGAGCUCUGGUUGGGAAUGCCUGCUUGGUAUGUGGCAGCCUGCCGAGCCAAUGUGAAGAGCGGUGCCAUUAUGUCUGCUUUAUCAGACACUGAGAUCCAGAGAGAAAUUGGAAUCAGCAAUCCUCUGCAUCGCUUAAAGCUCCGAUUAGCAAUCCAGGAGAUGGUUUCCCUAACCAGUCCUUCAGCUCCUCCAACAUCCAGAACUCCUUCAGGCAACGUUUGGGUGACCCAUGAAGAAAUGGAAAAUCUUGCAGCUCCAGCAAAAACGAAAGAAUCUGAGGAAGGAAGCUGGGCCCAGUGUCCGGUUUUUCUACAGACCCUGGCAUAUGGAGAUAUGAACCACGAGUGGAUUGGAAACGAAUGGCUUCCCAGCCUGGGGUUACCUCAAUACAGAAGUUAUUUUAUGGAAUGCUUGGUAGAUGCAAGAAUGUUAGAUCACCUAACAAAAAAAGAUCUCCGUGUCCAUUUAAAAAUGGUGGAUAGUUUCCAUCGAACAAGUUUACAAUAUGGAAUUAUGUGCUUAAAAAGGUUGAAUUAUGACCGAAAAGAACUAGAAAGAAGACGAGAAGCAAGCCAACAUGAAAUAAAAGAUGUGUUGGUGUGGAGCAAUGAUCGAGUUAUUCGCUGGAUACAAGCAAUUGGACUUCGAGAAUAUGCAAAUAAUAUUCUUGAAAGUGGUGUGCAUGGCUCACUUAUAGCCCUGGAUGAGAACUUUGACUACAGCAGCUUAGCUUUAUUACUACAGAUUCCAACACAGAACACCCAGGCAAGGCAGAUUCUCGAAAGGGAAUACAAUAACCUCCUGGCUCUGGGAACUGAACGGCGACUGGAUGAAAGUGAUGACAAGAAUUUCAGGCGUGGGUCGACCUGGAGAAGGCAGUUUCCUCCCCGUGAAGUACACGGAAUCAGCAUGAUGCCUGGGUCCUCAGAAACAUUACCGGCUGGAUUUAGGUUAACCACAACAUCGGGGCAGUCAAGGAAAAUGACAACGGAUGUUCCUUCAUCAAGACUGCAGAGGUUAGACAACUCCACUGUUCGCACAUACUCAUGUUGACAAGCCACUCAAAGGAGGCAGCACUGACUUGCUGUGAGUAGUUUUCCUUGGCUGACAAAAAACAAACCACCAAAAAAAACGGAACCUACAUAGACUAGUAAAUAUACACAAUACUCUUUGUUGUGGCGAAGAGUGAGAGAAGUGAGAGAAGUGAGAGAACCCCUUUGAAUUGCUAGAGAGUGCAAAGUUCUUUACAUUGUAACUCUUAAUCUAGGAUUUCCUAUCACCAUCUGUCUGCUAUGGUUUAAGGCCCAUCUGUUGGAGGCCUGUCACUAUCUUAUUACACAUCAAUGGGUUGCUACUACACUGGUUUCUACUUUCUCGUAGCACUUUAUAUUGAUGCAUAUAGCAUUUUACUGAUGAGAGUUUGGCACUUACAGAAUAACACACUUUUAAGUGAGUAUUUUAUAUAGGGGAAGUUGAAAUAGGCAAAUAGUAUUUUAGUAGGUACCCAGAGUCAAAUAGUGGCAGAAUCAGGAAAAUGAUUUGGAGGUGAUUUCACAUUAAAAACAAAAGUAUAACUGAACAAUCUGAACUUCUGGUAUGUUGUUUUUCAUCAAUGUGAUUAAUACUUGUUGAAAACGUAUAGGAAUUUUAAGUAUCUGGGGUUUACAGCAAAUAGAAACCAAGUGAAAUAACAUUAUAACAAUGGCGGACAGGACAGAAACCCAUCCUAUAAAAUCAUAAGCUAUAAGGCAUUUGUACUUCGAGAAAUACUAGUUGAUGGACUCUAAUUCCAAAUCCAUAUGAAAAUGGAAUUUUAUUGGAAACCGGUCUUAGUAAAACUGUGUCUUCAUAGAAAAUAAAUGUCAAGAACUCAUAAACAUUUUUUAAUCUACAACUGUGCUUUACCAAAAUAUUCUACCAUUUACGAUGAAUUAAAAUUUUGGAGAAACACUUUUUAGAGCAAUAUUUAGAACCAAGUAUGUGCACAGGGAUGGGGAGGGGAACAGCUCAUCUUGUGCUGUUUAUUCACUGCCUUGAACUAAAAGCUCCACACAACUUACUGUUGGUCUUUGGGGCCUUAAUAGGAGCUGAUAUGCUGCCUUAUUUGGGUCACUAUUUGAAGCUGCUGAUGAUAAAACAAAAAGCUUUCAGAUAAGAGAUUUAAUUUCAGAAUGUAAAACCCUAACAUUAAAAAUUUAAUUAUGGUAUACAAUUUGGCAUCUUAUUAGGCAUGAUCUAAAAUCUGUAAUAAUUUGGCUAAAUAAGAGGCUUUCCAAAAUACUGUUUGUAAUAGUUUCUACACAUAACAUGAUAAUUUACCAGGAACUAGAAUUAGAAUACGUCACUGAUUUACAAAUGACUACUUAAUAUGUUGAGUAGUGCUUGCUUCUUAGCUCUUGACUGAUGGGUAGAAUUACUCUUUAACUAUUUAUAAUCUGUAUUUUGUGCUUGGCAUUCUAGUUCAUAUUUCCUAGUUUUUACCAUUAAAUGGAAUAAAGGUAUUUAUUUCCAAUAAGUUAAUCUGGGACAACCAAUUUCUAUUGUGAGGAAACAUUAGCAUUUUUGUUAUUAACACAAUUCAGAACAUAUCAUUUAUCUCUUGUGUCGGGAUAGUAAUUGUGAUCUUUUCCUAAGUAUAUUAUGACUGGAAAGAAUCAGUGAUGCCACAUCACUAACCCAGAUUCUUUAUAUGUUACUGAUUAUCAUUAUGUUUUUGUCACAAUUAAACAAAGAUCUCUUUUGAAGAGCUCUAAAAUAUAUGAGUUAGAAUACAGAUCUAUUCCAUGAAAUAGGUCAACUCAACUCAAUUUAUUAAUGAGCAAGCUGUACGCUUUUCAAAAGGACUGCUGAGGUUUUCUGUGACUACCUUUGUUUAUAUUACUGCCAUACUUUCUACAAAGUUGAGCAAAUCUUAUUUAUGAACCUCGCCUGCACAAAAUUAGAGAGGAGCAAAUAUUAAUUACAUACAGCCAUUGGUUAGACCUGAGAUGAUAUCCUACCCUUAGGACAAAAGUGGGCAGGAUGCAUGGAGGUGCACCAAGAGUCGCAGAGGGAGAUUUUCCAAUCUGGGAUCUUUCAGUAAACUAAUGCUGUCCAUUACAUAUUUUAGAUGUCGUCUUUUCAGUCUACUCUACCUAAAGUGCACUACCAUCUAAGAAGAUAAGCAGUGAAAACCUUUGUGAAGACUGAAUUCUAAGGAAAUAAUCACAACUAAUGGUUUAUUAAGCUGAAAAUGUGAUUUUGGGGGGAGUCAGAUAUUAAGUUUGAUUAGUUUACUACAAUUGUAAGAAAAUGCUUAAGUCAUUUGAAUAAUAAGCAUCAUCCACAUCAUAAAUUCUGUACAACAGAUGCUUUUAUGAAAUGGAGCCACUUGUUUUUUCAUGUUUUAUUGUAAUAUACUUGGCAUUUAUGUAUUACUGUGUAUGCAUUUCUUUUUAAAUGUGUAAGUCUUAUGUAAAUGGAUAUAAAUAUGAUUUUUUUAAAAAUAAAAUAUAUGGUUCAUGGAGUCUUGAGUGCAAACAUUUGACAAUUCCAAGUACUGUUUGUAUUUUACCAUUCCACCAUUUUUACAGUUUUUGAAUUGUAACAAAUUGAUAUGUUUCCUGGAAGCAUGUUUCAUGCUUCCAACAUGUUUCUCCUUCAAGUCUGUCAAUCCUUAAAGCUGAAAACCUGCCUCUGAUCAUGUAAAAAAGAAUGAUUUAACCUGGAACUGGAGCCAAAAAUAGACCUUUAAAGGAAAUCAGGGAUGUCCUAUAUCUUUAGAAAUAGCACUGUGAUGGCUCGAUCUCCUUUUCAAUACAAAACAAAGCCAAACUGUUUACAAGAGUCAAAAGCAAUUAUUUAAAAAAAUUUAUAAAGAAAAAAAAAAUUCUCUUCUUAUUACCUAUGGACCAAGGGAAAAAAAAAAAAAAAACUUCUUUACUAAGAACCACAUGUUCAUCCAAAUACCUUGAACCUCCAGCCAGCCCUGUUCAGUGAAUGUCAACCACUGCAGAGUCUGAGGUCAUUUCCACUGGAAAAAGCAAAACCCCAGAAACCUUUCCCUUUUGUCAAUGUAAUAGGGCAUUAGCCAGACUCAUGUCUAACUAACGUUAUAUGCUCUUAGCCGAGAAGGCCUUGUUGCGACUUCCCUGAAGUCAGUCUUAUCAGAGGAAAUAAGACAGAAUGAUUAACAUAUAUAGUGUAUAAAAGUAUAGAAGAAUAACCUCUUCCCUGUGGCUUUAUUUGGUGGUGUUACUGUUGUUUAUUCUUUGUUUAUAUGGGAGAUUUCAAAGUAAAAUCUAUUUAAGAAUACCAUUUAUCUAACUGCUGAUUUUCUGCUGCUUGAUCUUAUUAACAGCAAGACCUGUCAUUAGUAAUUCCUUUUUUGUAUUUAAUUUGCUAUGUUUGCACGUACAUUACAUUUGUUUUGAUGUCAAUUUUUGUUUAACAGAUUCACUCAAAAGGUAAUGGUAACAGAAACCCUCUCCAUUGUCAAUAAACAAAAAUACUUCCA